CAGAGGUCGCCCGGGGACCGCGGGCUCUGCUCCGUGUCUCGGCCGGGCCUUGCUCUGCCUUCCCGGGGGUCCCCGACCACCAGCCACGGUGAUGGGGAGCGGCCCCGGGGAGCUGCCGCCGCGGUGCCGGUCCCGGCUCUGUCAGCCGCCCCUCGGUCCCUUCUGUGCCCCCCCUGCUCCUUGGCGGGCCAAGGAUCCGGCCUUUCCUCCGGCUGAGUUACCGCCAUCCCGGGGGACACCCUCUGCCGCAGGAAUCCCUCGCCCUGCCACCAGGCCCCUUGGAAAUCAGCCAUUAGAAGCUCAAUUCCUGCCUCUAAUUUGGCCAACGGCAGGAGCUGAGUUUCACCGAGGAUCCGGCCACCCGGCACAGUUAUGACCACCAGCGGCAUGGACGUGGACUGUGAGAGGUGCCAGUGCCACAGCGACGACAAGCACACCGCCAUCCUCUACACCCUCCUCAGCCAGAACCUCAACCACAGCCGGGGCGGCCGCGUCCCAGCCCACCAGCGCUGCCUCUGCCACCAGCGCCGGACCGUCUGCCUCCGCACACCCCACGUCACCUGCCAGGCGGCCUCCAACGUGCUGGUAAAAACCAUCAGCUUCAUGAAAAACCUCCCUUCCUUCCACCUGCUGCCGCGAGAGGAUCAACUCCUGCUGCUGGACAGCUGCUGGGUCCCUCUUUUCCUCCUGGGGCUCGUCCAGGAGAUGGUGACCUUCGAGGUGAUGGAGACCCCGGCCCCCAGCAUGCUUAAGAAGAUCCUCCUCGACGGCCAAAGCAAACGAGAGGAGCCCGAGCGGACGCAGCCCACGCUGGCCGCCGUGCAGCGGCUGCAGUGCUGCCUCAACACCUUUUGGAGCCUGGACCUGAGUCCCAAGGAAUACGCCUACCUGAAAGGGGCCAUUCUCUUCAACCCCGAUGUCCCUGGGCUGAGGGCCUCCCUGUACAUCGAGAGCCUCCAGCGGGAAGCCCAGAGAGCGCUUCAGGAGGUCCUGCAGCCCCUGCACCCCGAGGACCAGGGCCGCUUUGCCCGCAUUUUGCUGAUCACCUCCACCUUAAAAUCGAUCCCUCCCACCCUCAUCACGGAUCUCUUCUUCCGACCUGUCAUCGGCAACGCCGACAUCGUCGAGCUCAUCGCGGAAAUGCUGUACGAAAUGACCGGCGGGCAGCUGGCUCCCGCGGCACGCAUGGCUUGCUGAGCAACCGCGCUCGGCCGCUGGCCCCGUGGAUGCUCCCCACACCUCGCCGGGCAGCAAAGCGAAUCUGGGAGCGGGGAUUUAGCAAGAGAAGUGCUCUGGACUCUGUGGGGAAUUGCGCGUUUCGGUAGGGCUGAGGUCGGGGGAUUCAGCCAGGCUGCAGCAGAGCGCACCAAGAAACGGCUCUGGUUCAGCAGAUGUUUACAGCAGCUCCUGCUCCGCCUGUGCCCGUCUCCGUUUCAGGGAUCGUGUGUGCGGGUGAGGGGUUUCUUUCCCUGUUUGUAGCCAGAGCCACCAGCCAACUGCAAACAGAGCACAGAGCGGGUCGGGUUAGAGCCCGGUCCUGGUUUUUACUCAACAAAUCCUUGAUCCUAUUGAAAUCAAUGUGCAUUUUGCUGUUGACUCCAAGAGAUGAGGUUUGUCCUCAACUAACAGCUUGAUUCUGAGGUGUUUAGGCACACUGAAUAACAUGUCUUCAGUGGUGUCGCUUACCAAGUGCAAACAUUAUGGAAUUAGGUCUGGGUGAAGUCUUGGUCUGUCUAUUGUGCUUGAAAUCUUAGAAAUAUUCAUGAAAGAUCUUCCUCAGGCACCAAGAGGGAAAAAGCCAGAGUAUUAAAUCAUACAGGGUGUACAGAUUCACCCCUCUUUCUUAGAUUGUAUCUUUUCUCCGCAAUGCCAUGAAAUACAACAGGACUGCUCGCAGGGCAAUGGGUUACCUAAGACCACCUAAACCUAUUGCACAUCAUUUUGGGCUGUAGGCUUACCUCUGUUUGUGCGACAAUAAGUGAACCCCGAGCUGUGAACGCUGCAGAGACGAGCGGAGCUUGUUUGGUGGUAGAACCAAAUGUCCCUCCCUGGAGUUACAGCCAGGUGCAAGCGUAGCACGCCUGGAAAGCUUGCUCCUCCUGCCUGCAGCUUCUGCAACAAGUUAGAUGUCAGUAUUUUAUAAGUGAACGUUCUUGCGGUUUGUAUAUAAGAUGCAGUAAAUUAUUUUUUUAAUAAAAGGUUUUACAUUAUGGAA